UUCCCAACCUUGCAAAAUAGUGGAUGUAGCCACCUGACUCCAGACCACUUCUCCUUGUCUGUGCUGGGUCUGGUGCUUUAGCUGGAAAAUGCCAAAUACACCAUUUCAAUGGGAGCUAAACCUUGUAGCUGCAGGCAAAGUAGUCCACAGAGGCUUGGGGAGCUUGAACACAGCAGGAUUCAAUGCAUUAUGUAUGGAUCAAUGCUCUGGAAUUGCACAUCCAUGUAAGCUAUGCCUGUAGGAAAUCAGUAAUUUGAAACCUCCUUCUUCCCCACCUCUUGGACCUGACUUGCGUUAAAUAUUAACAAGCUUGUUUCAUCAAUUCCGUGGUUCACUUGGCUUCUUUUAACAACAGAUGUUAUUACAACAACUCCUCUGCCUGCCUCCCUGCUCCUGUCAGCACGGCCGAUGGUGAAACCCAAGAAUCUGCUGCUGUAACUCUGCCUGCCUGCAGAGCCUGGCUGCUGCCCCAGCCGGCCGUGUGGCCUCCCCCACCUCUCUCCCUGGGAUCACCGAUGCUGCCCACCUUUGGCGUCUGCGAGUAGCUUGUGCUGUGAGCCACUAGUUGCAGAGAGGCGUUGGUUAAAAGAGACAGCGAAAAGGAGUGAGGGAGCCCAGGGGAAGGCAAGUUGCUGUGGUGAAGCGGUGAGCAUGGCCAGCGACUCCAGCGCACUGCCCCGGGUGACUUUCCAGACGCCAGAGAAACCUGGUGAGGAAUCAUCACACAGGAAACUGGGCAAGUUAACCAUAAAGUACAACCGCAAAGACCUACAGCGCUGGCUAGACCUGGAGGAAUGGAUCAACACCCAGCUGCAGGAGCUGUACCAAUGCCGGCUAAGAGAGGAAACAGAGGCAGCAGCUCCUGAACCAGAAAUUGAUCUUGAAGAUCUCCUGGAGGUCCCUAAUGAAGAACAGAAAUUAAAACUACAGGAAAUCCUCCAUGAGUGCUCCAGCCCAACAGAGGACUUCAUUACGGAAUUGCUUAGUCGAUUGAGAGGUCUCCGGAGAAUCACCAAUCCUCAGAAGAAAUGACCUUGCCCACAUGAAACACCCAGCUUUGGUCACAAGGAAAUGUGUAUCCUCCCCACAAAACCCAGGA